GGGGGGUGGGAGGGGGAGGAAGAAUCUGACUGCACCACAAUAAAGGAUUUAGCUCUGGUGGGGGUUGUUCUGCGGUGGAGCCUGGCUUUUCUGUGUUAUCUUCAUGUCAUUAAAUAAAUGGCUUGAAAGAGCACUUAGGAGGAUGACUGGUCCAGCGCUUUCACAGCAGAGUGCGUUUCAUGAGAUAAAGGUCCUCUGAAUGCAUCAUCUCUGGGUGGGUGAGCGCAUGCAUCCAUGUCCAUCACACCUUGAACUCCUGCCCGUCUCUCCAUGAAGCCCCCUCUGUGCAGGGAGGAGCAGCAUAUAACAUGGGUCGGGAUGAGGCUCUGAUUGAUGCCGGGUUGUGUAUGCACUCCUGGCUGCAAAGAGCUAGCGCGCUAAAUGCCUUGGAGCCUGGUGCAAUGCCUAUAGGACGUUUUUCGACUUCCAGAGCAGUCGGUGGAGGCUGGUGCCUGAUAUCCCAGCACAGAAGAGCCGGUGGGGUCGCGAUAUGCCAAGGCUCAAGAGAUCCCUUCUGUUUGUGUCUUUGUUUUGCUAUUGGCAGGCACCUCUUUGCACCAGGCUACACCGAAACCCAUUACACCCCGGCUGGAGUGCCCCAGACCGUCACUUUGAACCGCACGGACCAUUGCUUCUACCACGGCGCCGUCCGAGGCGUGGGACAAUCCAGCGUCGCGCUCAGCACGUGCACGGGGCUGCGAGGUCUGAUCGUCCUCAGCCCCAACCUCAGCUAUGUCAUUGAGCCCGUUCCUGAGAGCCGGGAGCAGCACUGGGUCUACAGAUUGGAGCACCUGAAGGUCCCACCUGGGUCCUGUGGGUACCAGCACGCUGAGCCCACAGACAGACGCCGGCUCCAGGAGUUUGUGAGGCCGCUGAAUGUGACCCUUCACCGGGCCAGGCGGGCGGCUCCGGAGCCUAUGAAGUACGUGGAGCUUCUGCUGGUGGCGGAUUAUGCAGAGUUUCAGAAGUACCACGGGGACUUAAGGAACAGAUUAGUGGAGGUGGCGAAUUAUGUGGAUAAGUUUUACAAGGCCCUAAACAUUCGGGUUGCCCUGGUUGGGCUGGACAUCUGGAACCACCGGGAUCAGUGCGACGUCUCCGAGAACCCCUUCUCCACCCUUUGGUCCUUCCUGGCAUGGAGACACAAGCAGCUGGCACGCAGGAAGCACGACAAUGCCCAUCUCAUCACCGGGGUGCAAUUCCGUGGGACCACGGUUGGCUUGGCCCCGCUGAUGGCCAUGUGCUCGGAUUUCCAGUCGGGAGGAGUGAACAUGGAUCACUCUUCCAGUGCCAUCGGCGUGGCCGCCACCAUUGCCCAUGAGAUGGGGCACAAUUUUGGCAUGAAUCACGACUCGAGUGGCUGCUGCACUGCCCGGUCUGAGGACGGAGGCUGCAUCAUGGGUGCUGCAAUAGGGCACCCGUUCCCCAGGGUGUUCAACAAGUGCAACGAGAAGGAGCUGGAUCGGUACCUGCUUUCAGGCGGGGGGAUGUGUCUCUCCAACAUGCCCGACACCCGUACUCUGGUCGGGGGGAAAAGAUGUGGAAAUGGCUACCUGGAAGAUGGGGAGCAGUGCGACUGCGGAGAGGUGGAGGAGUGCGAUAAUCCUUGCUGCAAUGCGGCCGAUUGCUCUCUGAAGCCUGGCGCCGAGUGCGCCCAUGGGACCUGCUGUCACCAGUGCAAGGUCUGCUUCGAGGGCACCUGUAUGAACACCUCCAUGAUCUUCGAAGCUGAAGGCUGUAGCAAGCAGUGCCAUGGACGGGGCGUUUGCAACAACAACAAGAACUGCCAUUGCGACUCUGGAUGGGCUCCCCCAGAUUGCAGCCGCCCCGGGAAAGGGGGCAGCGACGACAGCGGGCCUCUGCCCCCCAAAAACCUCGUCUCCGUGAUUGUCGGAGUCCUGGUUUUCAUUCUGGUGGUGGUGGUGGUUCUCGUCAUUGUAUUUUGCUGCUAUAAAUGGAAGGAAAAACUCACGGUCCUCAAGCAGGCCAUUGCUCAGUCAAAGAAGCCGCAGUUCAGCGGUGCCUCUGCUCCAGAGCAGGACAGUAGGAAGGGCCACACGAAUCCCGCCUUCAAGCUGAAAACCCCGGAGGAGCAAAGAAAGGCUAUCGGGACACCUGCCAUCCCCCCUGCCCCUCCGGUCUCUCCUCCCGAGCCGGCUCCAGAGCCCAGCAUUCAUUUCCAGCCGCUCCCUGCUUUCCCGCCUGGGCGCAGCAGUGACACCAGGUCUUCCCCGGGUCCAGCACGUGGGGUAGGAAUGAAGAAUGUGCCAAGACAACCUCCUCCAAAAAGACCACCCCCGCCUGCUCCCAAACUCCCAGUCCUGCAGGACACGUCCAGACCCUGCCCGCCGCAGAAGGCCUUGCCAGCGACCCCCGUCCCUGCCGGACACAGAACCGGGCCAGGGGCUAACGCCCCCACGGCUGCAAGGAGCCCAGGCCCACGCUGGCCACCACCAACAGAGAGCCCAGCAGCGCGGGCGGCCGGAGCAGCGCACGACUUGCAGAUGUGACGGCGAGGCUCGAGGCACGGAUCAUCCCGCCGCACGCAGGCUCUUUCCGGAUCUCACGGGGCGUCGGACGGCUUCGCUGCCAGGACGCAGACAUGCAGGUUGCGUGCUGUUCCUUGUCUCCUCUUCCCCAGCCCGACGUGUUUCUGGCCUGACUCUACACCAAAUCCAGGCCUGGUGUGACUGGUCCCUCCCUGGUCUAGGUAGAUGCAACUCCAGUUAAGUCUCCAGGGACUUGCAUCAGUGUAUAUACCGACGCUGAGUGUGGCCCCUGUGCCGUCAGCUUUUCUUCAGCACAGGAGUGACUUUUAAAAUGGCAAUGCUCUAUACGGUUGUGCAAUAUGCAGUGCAGGAUGGGGAGAGAAAGGGCUUCUUAUGUCAGGCAUCCAGAGGUUUCAACCGCUGAAAAUACACCUGGGCUUGGCUGUGGAUCUGAGCUGGCCCAAAAGGACCGGCAGACUCUCUGCAACCAGCACCUCCUUAGCCAGACCCCUGCGACCUUUCUCUCCUCUCCUUCCAUUCGUUUGCAUGACCUGUUCAGUUCGAUUUUUCUGCUCCCGUUCAUGUUCGGGGCCCGGGCUUGUGGCUUUUCCAGCAUCCGCAGUGUUCGGACGCCGACAAGGUACUACCGAUUAAACUCUCAACAAGAUGCAGGGUGAAAGAAGAAAUUCCCGUGGAGGCCAGGUGCUGGUCACCUCCUCUCCACUGUGCACUGGGAAUGCAUUUCUCAUCAGACCAGUAGACUUUGCAUGUGUAGGCUUCUGUGCUGGGCAGUACAGUUCAACACCAGGUACUAAGAAGCAACUUCACUUGAAAGCUGCCGAGUUGGGAGAAAAGCGGCAGUUUUAAUAUCCCAUAUGGUGCUUUCCUUGGACGGCUGACUGAUUCCAGCUUUCUUCUCGCUGGACGUGGUGAAGGCAGUCCUCCAUGUGCACUUUAAGCAGCUGAUGGUUCGAAUCCUACGGACUUGACCUUGUGAAUUGGAUGUUUUUUUAACUGGUUUGGGUUCCCACAUGUUUUAUCUCAGGAUUUUAGACUUCGAGCUAUAUGGUUCCCCCAACAGUUUUGCCUCUUUUCCAAUUCUGGAGGAAUCCGUUCAGAAACCGGACAGAGCUUUACACACAAGAUAGUCAAGGCUGUGCGGUGUGAGACACCUGUUACGUGCUGCUGCUAUUGCAGAAACCAAAACCAGACCCUUCCCUUUCCCAUCCUCCCUCCCCUCACCCUGUUUUGGGGACCGCGUUUCCAUCAGUGCUCCCUGUCCAAAAAUGCCCCGGACCGUUCACAUCAGACUUGGCUGUUUGCAGCAUUGGUACCUCUUCUUCAAGAGUCUGUGAGUAGACAGGGGUAUAUUUGUUCCUCUUUCUCUCCGUUGUUGCCCACUGCAGUGGCUGCUUUGGAGAUUUCCCCCGAUUCCCUAGCUCUGAAACACGGUGAGCCGGUCAAAUUACCUCCCCCCGACAGAGAAAGGCACAGAGGCGAAGUGCAAGAGAACGACUUGCUAAUCUCUCUCCUCGCCUGCCCGUCGCUCUGUGCUCGUUACUGCCUGCCGCUCUCUGUGCUUGGGUGCGCAGCGACACGCACCUCGAUGGAUGGGGGUUUUUGCAGGCACUUUAUUUGUAUAUUUUCCUUGCCAAAGGCAGCGAUGGAAGACUGCUCAGAAGGGAAUUGCACCAGCCGGGAGCUGUUCCUCAGGGGCUCCUUUCCAUGACCGUAGCAGCCACUUUUACUAGCUUCUCACUACUUGACUUGGGUCUUAGUCCCAAUCAGCAUGAGGCCUUUUGCAUACAGCUUGACAUCUUAUUCUGAUCACUCUCACACACACACACACACACACACACACGCACACUUAUGACUUAUUAAUCCCUGAAGCCAGUGACCCACCUAAGUUUACAGCCCCUGGUUCUGAUCCAAUGCCCCCCAAAAUUAAUCAGGAGUUUUUCCUUUGACUGUUGAGGCAUGGACUCAAGCCCUCUACGGAUCCCGCAGGAAACCCAAAGCUCAGAAUACAACCAAAACCAGUCGUUCCUGAAAGCUACGGCUCCUCCCGAAGGUAACACUCGGCAAAUCCUUUUGCAUUGUACACGUGUAUGUGUGGGGCGAGUGGAUGGGGCUGGGGGGGGAUAGAAGGUGAUUUUAGGUACUUAUUGUUAUUAUUUCUUGGGAGAACAUACUCGAAUACGUGUCACUUCCUCUUCUGUCCCUGUAUUAAUGGUUUACAGUAAUGAUCUUGGUGCAUCUAUGCAAAUACUUGAAUAUGCAAUUCCUUGUGCCUUUUGCCUGGUUUAGAUUUAAUAAAUUUAUUGUCGAUUGGCAUCAAAAUGGGGAGCAAGGUCUUUGAUUAACUGAGUCCGCACCCGAG